UAUAGGAAACAGCACAUCAUCUCCUGUUUGAGUCAGGAAAAUUGUUGAUCGCGUUCAAUUGAACCCAGACUGUCAAAAACACUAUUUGAUACUAUAGCAAUUGUGUCGUGUUGUAUUGUAUUGUGUCUGCAGAAAAAAAUCAGAAGCGAUGUGUCGCUAGACUUCGUUCGUUUGUCUAACGAUGUUCAUGAUAUACUAAUACAAUGUAGCCUGGACUAGCUGAAAUGAAAUGGACUCGUUUUAUAUAAAAAAUAUAUUUUUUUUUUCUACAAUGCCUUUUUAUUACCAAAUCAUAAGAACAUUCAAAGAGCAAUAUUUAAAACUGCGAAAGCAAACAAUAUAAUUUUGAAACUUAUUCAUUACUUUCAAAAAUUUGAUGAUAAUCGAACAUCAUGAGUACUGCCACCAAGACAACUUCAUGCGUAUGACACACCAUGGUUUUAUUCACAUUGACGGUGUUUUGUCGUCUUUUUUUAUCCGAUUUUCAUUUCGAACUGUAAAUAAACAACCCAAACUUGUGUAAAAUUCAGCUGCCGGAGUAUUAACUGAUUCGUAAAAAUACUAAAUGGAGUUCAAUAAGGAUGAGUACGAGGAGGAGGAGUAUUUGGAAGAGCCGGGAGACAUGGAUUCUGAUCAUCACGAUAAUGAAUGGUUUCCUCAACAACAAACACCCUCUCCGCAGCCUUUGUGUUCUCAGGACCCGUUACCGAUUCCAGAUGAUUUGAGUGAAGUGAACCAUUUUCUCCCCGUCGAUGGUUCCGACGAUGACGACCAUUCAUGUUUUAAUUGCUCGAUAGUAUCCGAUGGCGCUGCGGAGAACUAUUUGUACUUUUUCAAAGCAACAAUGUUCCGUCGGCUUUAUCGAGGUCAGAUGCGCCCAAGAGAAGUGGGAACUAAGAAUGUUUUUGGAGAUUCUGUUGAGGACGUAAUUAAAUGCAUUUGGAAGUUGUCUGUAGCGCAUGUAUCGAGACAAAUCAAUUUUGAUGAUGAUGGACCAAAGUGGGCUGAAAAGCAAGUCCCGGACCAAGAAGAUAUUGAGAAGUUCGUCACGAUGCAAGAUCAAAUGAAAAGGAAGGCCUACACUAUUUCUGAAGUCACUCCUCGAUUGCUCACUUCAUGGAGAGGCAAGCAAAUCAAAAUGUUCAUUCAUGCAUAUUCGGUAAAUGUUGAAACCAACCCUCAACACCAAAUGGUCCUCAAACAGUUAAUUGCACCCAACAAUCCAGAUCGUUCGGGAGCUCAUUCGACGCGGGAUGAUGCAGCUCUAGCAAAAGAGUUGAAGAACAACCAUCCUGAACUGGAAGGCCAUCACAGUUCCUGGUUGUUAUGGGCCAACACAAUUCAUUCGUCAGCGGCGCAUAAACAAGAGGAAAUGAAAAAUGCUCCGUCGCCUCCUUUGGAACUUGCGAAGUAUUUGGUGGGAUAUCGACCGUCGGGACUGCUUUUCAAGAUUUCUUGGCGUAUUAUCGGUCCUCGGGUUUCUUAAUAAAACAAUUGUUUUGAUUAAAGCCGACGUUUCGAGCAUUUAUUUGCUCAUCUUCAGGGCAAAAUCGUUAAUUGCUUUUAAGUCAAGUGGAUUUGAACAAACAUGAAACGAACGGCUAACAACAUUACAACAGCUUUCACCCGAGCACAUCUAAACAGUUUAACGAUUUUGCCCUGAAGAUGAGCAAAUAAAUGCUCGAAACGUCGGCUUUAAUCAAAACAAUUGUUUUAUUAAGAAACCCGAGGACCGAUAAUACGCCAAGAAAUCUUGCGAAGUAUUUCAGGUGGACUGGCGUCUCGAAAGCAGCCCGACUACAAUCUGUUCAUCGGGGGGCAUCAGUGGCUCAUGCCGUAAAUGGGGGAUGGAUGAAAGAUGUUGAGGAAGUUUUUCAAGGCAUUUCUUCGGCGGUUUCCAUUCUUUCGAAUGUUGCUCGUAAAUUGGAAGGAAUGAUUGCGAAAGGAAAAGCAGCUAAUGAAAUUAUUAUUGCUGUCCAAUCUGCAGUUCGCCCUGAGGAGACAGAGGUAAGUAAAGUCCUGGCUGACAGUGUAACUGACUGUCCAGAUGUUGAUCACAUGUAACAAAAGUGAAAAGAACGAUGUAAUUUGAAUGAAAUAAAAUAACCGAUUAUAUUUUCAUCUCAAA